AUGGCUCCUGUGGUGAAUGAUCUAGCAAUGGACUCUGAACAUCGUGUGAUUUUGAACGUUGGGGGCAUACGACAUGAAACGUACAAGGCGACGUUGAAGAAGAUACCCGCCACUAGACUCUCCAGGCUGACUGAAGCUUUGGCCAAUUACGAUCCUCUUCUGAACGAGUAUUUUUUCGACCGCCAUCCAGGAGUGUUUGCUCAAAUACUAAAUUACUACCGUACUGGAAAACUGCACUACCCAACAGACGUGUGUGGACCUCUUUUCGAGGAGGAACUUGAAUUCUGGGGGCUUGACUCGAAUCAGGUUGAACCGUGCUGUUGGAUGACAUACACGCGGCACCGUGAAACUCAGGACACCUUGCAAACCCUCGAACGACUUGAUAUCGAUACUGAUAAAAAGACAGAAGAAGAGCUCUAUGAAAAGUUUCAUCUUGAGGAGCAGUACCUCACCGGCACCUUGACCAAGUGGCAGAAGUGGAAACCAAAGUUGUGGGCACUGAUAGACGAACCAUACUCGUCUCUUUACGCCAAGAUAGUCGCCUUUGUAUCAGUCUUCUUCAUUAUCCUCUCAAUAGUUUCUUUUUGCUUAAAAACGGCUCCGACAAUGCUGAUUCCGGAAUUGGUAAAUCGCACAAUCGAACUCCCUGUUAACCUUUCCCCUGAUCCCAGUCACACCAGUGGAAGCUACCAUUUUGGUGAAAUCGAGCCCAGACAAGAUGACGACGGAACACAUAACCUCGUUCACACUCGGUCGUCUCGAUCUGUGUCUCCAGAGUUCUCUUCACGUUCCGCCUUCGAUCGCCCCGCUCAUAAGGCAAAGCAGAUCUUUUGGAUGCUCGAACGUACGACAAUCAAGGCGCAUGAUAUAUUUGACUACAUCGAAAUCAUCUGCAAUAUAUGGUUUACUUUCGAAAUCAGUCUUCGCUUUUUGGUGGCGCAUUCCAAACUGGACUUUUUCCGAUCGGCAGUAAAUGUGAUUGAUCUACUCGCCUUGCUGUCGUUCUACUUGGACCAACUUCUUGCAAAGGUGCUCAUGCUUCACUCCGACUACGAGGUUCUUGAGUUCUUCUCGAUUGUGCGUAUAAUGCGCUUAUUUAAACUGACUCGACACUACUCGGGCCUAAAGAUUCUCAUCCACACUUUUCGCGCAAGUCUAAAGGAACUUUUGCUAUUGGUGUUUUUUCUUGGUGUGUUCAUUAUCAUAUUCGCUGCGUUGAUGUACUACGCAGAGAGGUUUCAGCACAACCCUCAUAAUGACUUCAACUCUAUUCCUGUUGGAUUGUGGUGGGCUAUCGUUACAAUGACGACAGUAGGAUAUGGAGACAUGGUCCCGAAAACGUACCUUGGAAUGGUAGUUGGCGCAAUGUGUGCAAUCACCGGUGUGCUAACGAUCUCCUUGCCUGUUCCAGUGAUCGUCUCGAAUUUCUCAAUGUUUUAUUCACACACUCAAGCCAGAUCAAAGUUGCCAAAGAAACGACGUCGGGUGUUACCCGUCGAGGCAGUUCGUCCAAAGAAUGGUGGAGUGGUUGGUAUUGCGGAAGGCGUUUUCACAAGCUUCGCUUCUAACGUCAGUCUUCCAGCGAGAGUAAUCGAAGGGUCUGUGGUACCAGAGGUUGGUAUUGCAGACACUGCACGUCGGAGAUUUAAGGCCAAUACCAUGUUUGAAAAUGACCACGCUGGCCCAGUUUGUUAUCAAAAGAGUAAGUUGUUUGCAGUCGGCCUGUAUUGUCCUAUGGUCUUUACUAAUCAACUAAACGCGUCCAAAGAAUUCAACUGA